AUGUGGGUCAAUGAGAUUUUGCAAGGUCAUCCUGAUCGUUGUUAUGAAAUGUUUCGAAUGGAAAAACAUUUGUUUAGGCGACUAUGUGCGACACUAGUUGAUCUUGGUCUAAAGAAGUCUAAAAAAAUGGGAGUUGAAGAAAUGGUUGGAAUGUUUUUAAAUACAGUUGGACAUGGAGUUGGUAAUAGGAUGAUACAGGAACGAUUUCAGCAUUCAGGGGAAACUGUUUAUAGAAAUUUUCAUAAAGUAUUAGCUGCCUGCCUUAACCUUUCCAAGGCAAACAUAAAGCCACUUGAUCCUUUGUUUCAACGAUGUCAUUCAAAAAUUCAAAAUGAUCCACGGUAUUGGCCAUUCUUUAAGGAUGCUAUAAGAGCAAUUGAUGGCACUCAUGUGCCAUGCGUGGUUAGUGUUGCUGAUCAAAUCAAAUUUAUUAAAAGAAAGGGAUAUGCAACACAAAAUGUUAUGGCUGUAUGUGAUUGGAACAUGUGUUUUACUUUUGUCAUUGCGGGAUGGGAAGGUAUGGCUCAUGAUGCUCGAGUAUUUGAUAAUGCCAUAUCAACUCCUUCAAUGCAUUUUCCACAUCCACCUCCAGGUAAAUAUUAUUUGGUUGAUUAUGGUUAUCCAACACUAAAUGGAUAUCUUGGUCCAUAUCGUUGCGAACGUUAUCACCUUCCAGACUUUAGACAAGUUGCAGGAUUUGCAAACAAUAAUGAGUUCAUACAAGCUGAAGAUGAAAGUGUAGAAGUCCAGGAGGAAGAUAUCGAUAUUGGUGAAGCAUCUUCAUCAAAUCUACCCGAAUCAUCAAGACAGAUGCAGCGUGUUCGUGAUACAAUUAGAGAUCAACUUGUAAAUCAUAUCAAUUAA